AUGAAUUCCUCGCGCUUAUCCCUGAUCAAACGCCUCGCCAGCCCUCUGGCUGCAAUCUCCAGGUCUUCUAGUGCCUUCCGACCCCAGUUGCUUGCUCCAUCAACCAGUUGGCAACCAAUUUUCCGGCCAUUUUCCACUGAAGGUCCCUCCGUGGACGACCAAAAGCAGAGAGUUCAGCAAAUUAACGACUAUUUCAACCAGUACAUCGACGAGUACUAUGAGGAGGAGGACGUAGAGGAAGUGGAGCCUCCAAUGGAAGAGGUCCGCGAGUUCAGCGAGGACUUUGUUCGCGAGAAAAAGGAGGAAAUCUCGGCGGAUGAAGUGGUGGAGGUUCUGGAGAGAUUACGGUAAGGAUUUUGAUGUCAAAUUAUGUUGUGCUUAGGUGAAAAUGAAGUUGUUGAACCUAUGAGAGUUCUAGAAGGUGUUGAACACUUUUGAAUUGACCUACUUUUUCACUGGCACAUCAAUUUAUAUUAUACUUGAUGACCUAAAUCAAAGACCAUUUUCCGCACCGUGCCAGCAAAAAACGAAGCCGAAAUUUUAUUUUUUUCUCCAAAUUGGCUUUUUACAUCCUGUACUGAACUACAAUGUCAUUUGAAGACUUAUUUUCCAUCUUUUGCCAAGAUUUUUUCUUCUCUCCCCAAAAAUCCCGCACUGUGCAAAGAUCGUAAAUUUUUUAUUGUGCCAUUUGAUGGUUCAAAAUUUUACCCAUCUAGAAUUGUUCCUUGUUGCUCUAGGCCACGUGGAUAGCUCAGAUUCCCCAGCAUUUUAUUUGUUUUUCAACUUUUCCGACCAAUUUUCCAAUGCCUUGCCUAGUACAAUUUCAGCGCCAAAAACAUUGAAGUAAUCGAUAUCGAUGAACCGAAUGCCCCCUUCAAACAGCUCGUCAUCGCUUCCCCAUACACCAAUCGUCAUGCCUGGGCGUUAAUCGAACAGCUUCGUCUGCAUUUCGUCAAACGAUACGACUUUGGAGUAAGUCACCCAAAGAUUUGAAAUUUAUUCAAAUUUCUAGAACCGCAACCCAUCCCGCAUUAAUCAUCACAACGGAUGGUUCAUCCUGGACUGCCACAACCUUGUCGUCCACAUCAUGGGCGAAGAGCAACGGGAUCGCUAUGAUCUGAGCAAUAUUUGGAAGACCAAAACUAUGGAUGAUGUGGAAAGAGAGAUGAUGGAAGACGGCUGGAUCCCACCUCAAAAGCCCAAUGAGACCGCUCGAUACACAUAUCAACGACCACCCGUCGCAUAG